AUGGUGAACAUGUUGUCGCAACACUCGGCCAUCGUCAUCGUGAGGAGACGGAGCCUCGGUCGGGUAAUGGCCUCGGCGUGCGAUGGUUAUCGCGAUCUGCAUGACGUAGCUGAGCUGCUGUGCGUCAUUGUGUCCGGCCCUGAUGUCCUUCAUUUUUCGUAUCGGUCUUGCGAGGCUGGCAUCAACACGAAUUGGAGGCCUGCUGGCGGUGGCGGCAGGGUUUAA